CCCAUUCCCUCCGCUCCCCCCGCCACCCUGCAGCGAUGGCUGCGGCGCUGAUCCUGUCCAGGGGCUGCAGGGCACUUCUCCGACCCGGCUGCCGCGCGAGGAGGUGGAGACCCGCCCCGAUCCGCAGGAUUUUUCAGCCGCACUAUUCAGAUCAGAAAAUGUCAUCUGUCCUUGAGCCCCUCUUUGAGUAUGUUGAUAAACACCAGGACCUGUAUGUUGAGCGUCUGGCCCAAUGGGUGGCUAUUCAGAGUGUGUCGGCAUGGCCGGAAAAGAGGGGAGAAAUCAAACGAAUGAUGGAAGUUGCUGCCAAGGACAUUGAGCGGCUGGGUGGCACAACAGAGUUGAAGGAUAUCGGAAAACAGAAGCUGCCUGACGGUUCAGAGAUUCCUCUGCCUCCAAUCAUUCUGGGCAAACUUGGCUCAGAUCCUCGCAAGAAGACAGUUUGCAUCUAUGGACACCUGGAUGUACAACCUGCAGCACUAGACGAUGGCUGGGACAGCGAACCUUUCACCUUGGUGGAAAGAGACGGAAAGCUCUAUGGCCGAGGGUCGACAGAUGAUAAAGGCCCAGUGCUUGCCUGGCUGAAUGCCCUGGAGGCUUAUCAACAAACUAAACAGGAAAUUCCGGUUAAUAUCAAGUUCUGCCUAGAAGGUAUGGAGGAGUCUGGCUCUGAAGGCCUUGAUGAUUUAAUUUUUGCACAGAAAGAUGCCUUCUUCAAAGGUGUAGACUAUGUUUGCAUCUCUGACAACUACUGGCUGGGCAAGAAGAAGCCCUGUAUCACCUAUGGCCUGAGGGGCAUCUGCUAUUACUUCAUAGAGGUGGAAUGCAGUGACAAAGACCUUCACUCUGGAGUUUAUGGUGGCUCAGUGCAUGAGGCUAUGACAGACCUCAUUGCUUUGAUGAGCUGCUUGGUGGAUAAGAAAGGGAAGAUUCUCAUCCCUGGCAUAAAUGAUGCAGUGGCUCCCCUCACUGAUGAAGAGCGUAAACUUUAUGACCAAAUUGACUUUGAUAUGGAGGAAUAUGCAAAAGAUGUAGGAGCCACACGACUGCUGCAUGCAACAAAGAAAGAUAUAUUAAUGCACAGGUGGCGAUACCCAUCCUUGUCUCUGCAUGGAAUAGAAGGUGCUUUCUCUGGAUCGGGAGCUAAAACUGUGAUUCCGCGGAAAGUGAUUGGCAAAUUUUCAAUCAGACUGGUGCCAGACAUGACUCCAGAAGUUGUGACUGAGCAGGUCAAAGAUUACUUGUCCAAAAAGUUUGCUGAACUGCACAGCCCCAACAAAUUCAAAGUGUACUUGGGCCAUGGUGGAAAGCCUUGGGUUUCAGAUUUCAACCAUCCCCACUACAUGGCUGGAAGAAGAGCUAUGAAAACAGUCUUUGGCGUAGAGCCAGAUUUGACCAGAGAAGGAGGAAGCAUUCCUGUCACCCUGACCUUCCAAGAAGCAACAGGCAAGAAUGUAAUGCUGCUUCCUGUUGGCUCUGCAGACGAUGGAGCCCAUUCUCAGAAUGAGAAACUCAACAGGUACAACUAUAUUCAAGGUGUCAAGCUCUUGGGUGCAUACCUUCAUGAAGUUUCCCAGCUGAAGGACUGAAUCUAUAUUUCCUUCAACCAAAGUUGCUUUGGGACCUGAAAGUUACUUCCUUGCAACUUUUUAAAAAGUGCACUAUUUUCAUCUCCUCUUCUCCUGCCAGACUAAUUCACACUGAGAUGCCUGGUGAAAUAUUUUUGACUCCAUAUCGAGCACUUUAUAGCGGCAGAUCAACAAACGACAAAAAUAGUGUGCUCAGUUUUAAGUACAACCACAGGACUAUAAGGCCCUAACCUACUUAUGUACUGUUUCAAACGGAAGAUAAAGGGUGGGGGAGAAAGGAAGUCUAUUAUUUUUCCGUAAUCUGAUGUGUCAAAGUAGCAGCAAAUGACCAGUAAUGCUUCACCCAACCUCUCUCACUUCUACAUCCUCCUAUAAUCAUCAUUUUCUCUUUAAAUUUAUCACAUUAAAUUUUACCAAACCAGAAUUUGAGGGCAGCUCCCAGAUUUUUUUACAAGCCAAAACCCCUUGUGUUUUCUGUUUAAAAAAGAAAUAAAGUCAUCAUGAAAAGUU